CGGCGAUCAGGACAGUCAGUGUCGCGCGAUACGUUUAAGAGUAAAGGUAUUUUGCGUUGUCCUCUCGAUAUACUUUCGAUCGUGUACUGUCGUAAGUGCUUCGAAUCGGUAAACAUUCCAUAUUAAAUGUGAUAUAAUUGAAUUUCGUUACACGCUUUCUUAUUCACGCUUGAUAAUACUAGUCGAACGAAUCAAACAAAAACUAAAUUGUGUUCGCAUAUUUCAUUCAUUCGUGAAGACACGUGUGUCACGGUUACUUUUGAUUCAACUGUCCCUUUGUUUUUACUCGGACUAAAGAUCGUGCUCUAACGUUCAUAGUGGUGGAAAACAUUAGUGUCAAAAAUAAGGGAUAAUUAACAAACAUUGGUGAGAUUUCGGCGCGAACUCGCGUUCCUUGAUCUAAAUUUUCAUAGAAACGCGAAUUGGAACGUUCCGUUUGUUCAAGCGAUCUAUUGGUUAAUUUCAAAUAGAUCGAAUUCGUUGAAAGGUGAAGCUCGUGCGAUUUCUUGAAUCGACCGUUUGAAAUUCUUGAACUGAGUUUUCUAGUCGUGUUAGACGAUCGUUUCAUUUGAUAAAUCGAGUAAAUAAAUCUUUGUCGAUUGUGGAAUACGACGCUUUAGAGUUUCGUACGUGUAAACAAAACAGUUCGAGGUUGACUUUGUUAUCGGUUUCGCGAGACACAUUUUUUUUUUUAUAGCUCUCCUGAAUUAGAAUUCGUGAGAAAAGAGUGUGAGAAUACUUUGUAGUUGAUACAAUUCAUGAAUUGAUUCGUGUAACUAUACGAUUGGGACUAGUUUCGACUUGUGAACAAUGCGCACUGCGGAUAGAUUCUCGACUGGCGUUUCGCGCGGCCGUAAUUGACUGUGGUGUCGUGGUGUGCUCUCCUCUUUAAGGACAUGAUGGGACGACGAAGCUGCAGUAAACUGUGCCUACUGUUCGUCGUGUUACUCCUCACAGCCGUUUUGAAAGGUGAAAAUAGCGACGUCGAAAAUUUAGAUCCAAACGUUCAGGAUUACACCACUGACGAAGAUUAUAAUGACGUGUAUGAUGCAACAUCCAACGGAACUGACAUGGAGGCUGUAUCUGGAGCCAAAAGUGGCACGUUAAAGUUCAUACGCACUUUGACUAAUAUCUCGAGAGAUGCCGGUAGUGUAGUGCACAUGCGAUGCGAGGUUGUCGGCGAUCCUCCGCCAACUAGAAUCAGAUGGUACAAGAACGAAGCACCUCUCGAAGAAAAACGACCCAAGAUCACUAUAAAGAAGAUACCUGCGCAGACGCAUGAACAUGCUGCGAAGAACAUCGCCGGAAGCCGCCUAAAAAUCGUCAACUUAGAUGUCUCUGACAUAGGGUUCUAUGCUUGUCGUGUAACGAAUGGGAAGGAUCAGAUCCAAAGCGAAGGAACCCUUCGCGUCGAUUCGUCCAAAAGCAGACACGUUCCUGUACAUCCUGACCACGCUAUUAGUCAAACAUCGGACGAUGAUAGAUUUUCACCGGACAUGAUUGGUGGUGGCGAUUUUAUUGAAGGCAUUGGACCUGGAGAUGGAUUAGAUCUCUCAGGAACUGGAAUGUCAACUCCUCACAUCUCUCAUUUGGCAUCAACAAAUCCAUUUAGUAUAUUAUCACCAAGUCCACAACCAACUAGUUCUCAAUCUAGUACUAUCGACGUUCAUACAAUCGGCGGCCUUAGAAACGUCAAUAUGCAGUUAUCUCCUGGGAGAAAAGACAAUCAUGAAGGAAAAUGCGAGGUGUAUGUAGGGAAAACAUGUGCACAAUUUUUAGGAAAUCAAUCUGUUUAUAUUCCAUAUCCAAUGACCCAAGAGCUGCUUGAUGAUAAACUAAUGAAAGCUUUUGGUGUUAUUAAGUACUCAAAUGAGGUCUCAUCGAAUUGCGAAGGUUAUGCAAAACCAUCAUUAUGUUUCUCUGCAUUCCCAAUAUGUCGUGACCCUGCCAGUAUUCUUAAACUUAAAAAUUCUGAAGCUAGCGCAAGUUUAUUUCAUUUUCUGAAUUCAAAUCAGGGUGAUUUGUCAAGAGACGCAGGUGAUGGGGAUGAUGCAGAUGAUAUUACAGGAGUUCAUGGUAUUCCCAGAAAACGUAGUCCUACAUUAGGUCCUGGCUCAGAAUUCAAUCCAUAUAAGGAUGGGAAAGCUUCCAACAAAAAGAUAAUAAAUCAAAGCUAUGGAGAAGCACAGUCAUCCAACAGAAUCGAGAUCAAUCGUAAAUUACGCAGGAUCUGUCGGCAAGAAUGUGAAAUGCUAGAAAAUGAUUUGUGUAAGAAAGAAUACGCAAUUGCUAAAAGACAUCCACUGAUUGGACAUCAAGUGCCUUUAGUUGAUUGUUCUGAUUUACCAAUGGAAGAUAGCCCGGAGGCUCGUGAUUGUUUAAGUCUUGGAAUUUCCUCAGGAAACAAUGUACAGGAAAAUGACUACUGUUACUGGGGAAGCGGAAAGUCUUAUCGUGGUAUUGUGAAGACAAGCAUUAGUGGAAGACCAUGUAUGCAAUGGUCGCAUGGUGAAUUCAAUCUCCAGAUUUCCGAUUAUCCCGAAUUAGCUGGAAAGCAUUCAUAUUGCCGUAAUCCAGGUGAUAAAGAAUUACAACCGUGGUGUUACGUUUAUGUCGAUAGUAAGCCGCAAAAAGAAUUUUGUAACAUACCUAAAUGUGUUGAAAACUUAUGGAUCUAUGCAGUCGUUGGUUUUGUACUAACAGGAGGAUUUGUUGUCAUAUUAGUCUGUUACUGCUGCUGCUAUAGAAGCAGAAAAUCUAGAAGGCAAAUGAAUCAUUUGCCAUCAAAUAAGAUGCUAACCAGUAUACAAUGUGAUAAAAAUAUAUACGACGGAAGACGAAGUACGACGCAACCUAUGGAAAUGAGUUCUCUUUUAGCUGGUCCUGGUAAUACAACUCCAGGAACAGGAACAUUAAGUAGCGGUAGUAGUCGAACGUCCAAUAAUAGAGUACCACAAUUUACUACCAAUAAUGUUGUUCUUUUGCAAGAACUUGGAGAAGGAGCUUUCGGAAAGGUAUACAAGGGGGAAUUACAAACCGGCAAUAAAUGUGAGCCGCCAAUUUAUGUAGCAGUGAAAACGUUAAAAGAGAACGCAAGCCCAAAAACACAAAGCGACUUCAAACGGGAAGUUGAUCUCAUGACAGACCUAAGGCAUCCAAACAUUAUUUGCCUACUGGGCGUAAUAUUGAAAGGGGAACCAAUGUGUAUGUUGUUUGAGUACAUGACCCAAGGGGAUUUACACGAGUUUCUCAUUUGCCAUUCACCAAGAUCAGACGUUCCAUUAAACAAUGGAAGCGGAAAAAUUUUAGAGCAGCCAGAAUUUCUACACAUUGCUUUACAAAUCGCAUCUGGUAUGGAAUAUUUAGCCAGUCAUCACUAUGUUCAUCGAGACUUAGCCGCGAGAAACUGCCUAGUUGGAGACAAUUUAACUGUAAAGAUCUCCGAUUUCGGUUUAUCUCGUGACAUAUAUAGUAGCGACUACUAUAGAGUUCAAUCCAAAAGUUUAUUGCCCGUUCGAUGGAUGCCACCAGAAUCAAUCCUUUACGGAAAAUUUACGACAGAAUCCGACGUAUGGAGUUUCGGAGUCGUAUUAUGGGAAAUUUAUAGUUAUGGCUUACAGCCAUAUUACGGGUAUAAUAAUCAAGAAGUAAUAGACAUGAUUCGAUCACGGCAAUUGUUACCAUGCCCGGAGGAUUGCCCGACGAUGAUCUACAGUCUAAUGAUAGAGUGCUGGCACGAGGUGGCCAACCGCAGACCGCAGUUCCCGGAGAUUCACCAUCGCCUGCACAACUGGUACAUAAACCAAACUUACCUGAGCGAUUUCUGUAACGAAUCUAUCACCAGCUAUUCCGGAAGCAGUCAUAAAAGCACGAAUAAAACAAAUUCUACGCAGCUAUCAGCGCCAAUAUACAAAUGCGAUCCAAAGGAUAUGAACUUCAAAGGGAACACAGAGCAACCGUUCUGUAAUCUGAACGACCACAGCAAUGGGAUCAAGAUGCUGCCGCCGAGCUUUCAGAACGCAAAUUCCGUGGAACAGAGGUCAAAUUGCUUCAAUGAACACGGCACGCCCAUAAAGGCUCCCAUUUAUCCGAAUCAGACGACAAACAUCAAUUUGAACGAUUUCGACGAUAAACAGUGUUGUUCGCCAAAAUUAAGCGGAGCGAAGAAGGUAUUGCCUCCAGCACCUCAGCCGAUGAACAAGAUAAACACUCUUAAUGGAACCAGACCAAUGCAAAAUGGAGCGCAACUAGUUGUCAGGUUACCAGACCCCAGUAAGGUCACUACAGAGACCAGGGUAUCGAAGUGAACACAAACGAAGAUUGUUCGCUUGAACAAUUUUUGUAUGUAUUCAUGGUAAUCGUUACACAAGGUAUAUAUCUAUACCGUUCGUUUCGCAAGUACGAUUCGAUUUUCGAAGCUUCGGAUAACGUUCGUUAAACAGGAUAGGUAACUCUCUCUUCAAUACCUAAUCACUGCCACGUUUCCGUAUUUAUUUCUUCAAUUGGAAUAUACAUAUUUUAUACUGUCGAUAAACACGUAAAAAAACAUGGUGUACAACCUUAACGAAUUUUUUAUACGUACAUACAACGUAACGGAAUAUACAUACGUAUAAAUAUGAAUAUAUGCAGUAUAGAAUAUAGGCUGUACCGUUUAAUAUUGUCGCGUUUCCCUUGUAUUAUUUCGUAGUUACAUCUUCAGUUUUAUAACAUUUUCAACGUAUUGAAAAUCACGUUAAUACGUAAUCAAACAUAUUUACUAAUAACAUCUUAUGCCAUUAAUUUUGUAUAAGUGUACGAGAAUCUAAUAUUCCGUUAUAUUAUAGUCACAAUGUUAGUGAUACUAUUCAUGCGACAAAAUUUUGUAAGUUAAGCAAGUUCUGUGAGACUUUUUAUACUAUUAGUUUUAUUUAUAUUUUUGCAUACGCGAAACCGUGAAUUUCUCGACUGAUCUAUUGUUACUAGAUUGUAAUAUAAAUAUAAUAUCGCGUGUCUGCCAGAUGGUAUUCACCAUCUAAUACGAUUCUGAAAACCUAUCUCCAGAAAUGGCACAAUAAUCAAUUAUUGGCUGUACGUUGUAGCAGUAAGUCGAUUACGCGAAAAGCACAAUCUCAUUGUGCGUUUAAUAGAUUUUUAAAAAAGUAACUUUAUCUGUGAAAAUUCGUGAACUAUCGGUGAUGAUUCGUUUAAGAACGAAAAGCAAUUCUAAUCAUAUCUGAACGUGAACAAUUAUUAUGCUCAACCAACCAAUCGUGCAUCUUUAUUAUAUAGAGCAAAAUGUUUUUCAUACUCUUUUCAUCGUUUCAUAAAAUCUUGUAUUCUAAAUUGUUUCACGUAAGAAACCAAUCAAGAUCGUGUGCUCUUAACUACUGCCAGAAUUUACUAUUCUUUAUAGAGUCUAUUCAGUUAAACGAUACUCGAGACAAAUAUGUUGAUGAUUGCACUGAUAGCAAGAACUUACAAAAGCUCAGAAAUUUCCGAGAAAUUAUUGAAAAGUUGUCGACAUUAUUAACAUGUAAAUUAUACAGGAUCAUAUUAUUCAUGUAUAGAGCGUAGAACCUACGAUUAUAUGGAGCAGGCGUUACAAACUGUAUUCAUAAACGGUUCGAAACUAGUCUCUAGUGAAACUCGAAUAAUAAUAAAACGAAUUAACGCCUGGCUCGUUGCGAUAUAGCGUGAAUUAUACAGUUAGAAUCGUAAGCAAGCGAAUUGUAGGUUAUGGAAGUCUAGAGUGAGAGUGUUUAAACAAGAUUGUAUUAUACUUUUUAUAAUUUUCUAUUAGGAGAGGAGAGUCAAAGGGGGAUGUUUUGUCAGCCGAGAUGAAGCUGUCAACUGUUUAAAAUCGAUUUAAACGAGAUGAUUAGAGUAACGAUUUAAUAAUGUAUUAUGUUAAAACGGAACUCUUUUUCGAAGAUGGCGAGCCUACGAAUCGGUCUUUGUAUUAUUAUUAAUUAUUAUUAUUAAUUGUAUGGUAAUCCUGACAUCCGCAUCGAGGGCUCGUUAUCCGUUAGAUUUAAGUUAAUUUAUAUCAAUCGUUUUGAAGAAAGAUCAUAAAUGUAAGAUCUUUAUAUAUUUAAUCUUUGAUCUUUAUAUAUGUAUAUAUAUCUAUAUAUAUACACAUACACACGAUCAAGUACGAUAUACAUAUAUACAAUCCAUGUUUUUUGUAUGAAAGCGAUAUCACUUCAUUUUUCCCUCUUGUCACACCUCGAACCCGAUCUAUUUUCAAUCCGCAGCAACAUGUUCCCUGAAUAAAUGUUAAAAUAUGUA